ACCAUUCCAGAAAGCUAGCAGCGGAGAAGAUCGAAAGAGUAUUAUGUCUGUCCCCAACCCGGAGGAUGCCUCACAAGAGCCUGAGCCUGAGCCCUCAAGCUCCACUAAGAAAAAGAAGACAAAGUGGCGGCAGCAAGAGGCCAGCAUCCAGGCCCUCACCAGGGCUGGCCACGGGGCCCUACUGGCCGGCCAGAACCAUGAGGCCUUGACUAACUUCCAGAGGGCCUUCCUCCUGGCCUCCAAAGCCUCACAACAAAGGGACACUCCUCUUCUUCGGGCCUGUGCCUUCAACCUGGGGGCAGCCUACGUGGAGACUGGGAACCCAGCCAGAGGCCUUGAGCUGCUCCUAAGAGCCCAACCUGAAGAGAAGGCACAGGGCAGGUGUCAUGGUGACCAAUGUUUCAAUGUGGCUUUGGCCUACCAUGCCCUGGGCAACCUGCCUCAAGCUUUGGCCUGGUACCACAGGGCCCUGGGCCACUAUCAGCCACUGGGUGACCAGGGGCAAGCCCAGGCAAAAAUGGGAGCCUGCUAUCAGGCUCUGGGACAGCCUGAGCUAGCAGCCCGCUGCUUGCAGGAAGCAAGUGAGGCCUAUGCCCAAGCAGGGCAGCCCCGGGCUGCAGCCCUGGCAUUGGGGGCUGCGGCGAGGUGUAUGCUGAAGAGCGCGCAGCAUGGCGUGGGUGCGGUGGUGCAGGUGCUGGAGGAGAGCCGGAGGCUGGCGGAGAUGAGUGCUGAGCGAGGACUGCUUGGGCAACUCUAUAAUGAUCUAGGCCUGGGCUACUCCCAGCUCCAGCUGUUCCCACUAGCAGCAGAGGCCUUCCUGCAGGCCUUGCCCUUGUGCCGGGGGCCAGGAGAGGAGGCCACGGUGCUGAGAAACCUUGGGAUGGCCCACAAUGCCCUUGGAAACUAUCAGGAAGCGCGGGAGUUUCACCAGAAGGCUGCUGACCUGCAUGGCUCUCUGGGGCAGCGGUGGGAGCAGGGCCGGAGCUUUGGCAGUCUGGCAUUUGCGCUGAGCCAGCUUGGGGACCACAAGGCUGCCAGAGACAACUACCUACAUGCUCUACAGGCUGCCCAGGAUGCUGGGGACAUGAAGGGACAGUGGCAGGCCUACGAGGGCCUGGGGGCUGCUUCAGCCAGACUGGGGCAGCAUGAUCAGGCCUUGAAGUACUAUAAGGAAGCGCUGGCCCAGUGUCAGAAGGAGCCAGAUUCUGUGCGAAAGCGGCUGGUGGCCAAGCUGGCAGAUGCCAUGAGGACCCACUUGGCCCGGGGUGGUCUGGACCCGACUCACACCCUGACCUUAGCUCCAAGGAGGCCUCCGACUCCAGGUGGGGCCUGCCCAGCAGGGACUGCAGCCAGCUUGGGAAGGGUCCCAGCAGAAGCGAAGCACAGGACCCUGGCCCAUUUUCCCAAGCCCUUUAUAGAAUCAUCUCUUCCUCCUUGCUUCCACAGCUUUCCUAACUUCAAGAACUGCAUCCUAGAGCCCCCAGGGUUUGUUGCAAGCCUGCUAGAUGCUAGUAACCUGAACAGCCUUCACCCAGCUCAGGAGGCCUGGCAUGUUCCCUGCCUCCUGCACGGCCUGACUGUAGACCUCAGAGAAAGGAAGAGUUCCGCUGAAUGGGGGGAUAUGCAGCUUAAGUCUGCUCACUACUGCUCUGCAGCCCACCAGCAAAGGUCAUUCAAACAGCCCAGGGAAACCUCCAGCAGGGACCCACAGAAGAGACCCACCACAUCUGGCUUCUGCAUGAUCAUGUGA